UACUGUAGCCAUGGCGCUGGAGGUUUCAGUUGUAUCCAGGGUGGUGUGACGUCAGUGUAAUGUGUUCGCUAACAUUCGUACUUCCGUGCUCAGUUUCAUUUGCACUUUUAUCUAGUGCAAAUCAUUCACAACAUUGAAAUGUUAUGUAUUUUAUAGAACACAACGAUGAAUCUAAGGACGGUUUUAUUUUACGUUUGUGCUGCGAGUUUUCUUGCUGUUGGCCUAAAAGAAUUAUUGACCGGCUUCGAAGACAACCGUUGCAGUAUGACCUACAUGUUUGAAUACCCUCAAUACUUGCGUGUACCGCUGCCUCGGCGUGUCGCCAGACUGUACCCGGCAUAUGGUCUCUACCUGUAUGGAGAAGGGCGAUAUGCACAGGAGACACGAGAACUUCAUCUCUUUGGUGUGCCGCUGCUCUUCCUGCCUGGAAAUGCAGGAAGUUACAAACAAGCUCGUUCUCUGGGCUCUGUGGCCUUGAGGAAAGCAGAACGCAUGGAAGGAGGUGUCCACUUCAAUGUCUUCACUGUAGACUUCAAUGAAGAACUUGUGGCGCUGUAUGGCGGCAGUUUACGGCGACAGACACACUUCUUGCACGAGAGCAUCAAGGCUAUCCUAAAACUUUACAAGCACUUAAAGACGCCCCCUCAGAGUGUGGCUCUAGUGGGCCAUUCAAUGGGUGGUGUGGUGGCCCGGGCACUGUUCACUCUGCCCCAUUUCAACACAAAACUGGUCAAUCUCAUCAUCACCCAGGCUUCCCCUCAUGUGGCUCCAGUCCUGGCAAUGGACCCAUAUCUGCUGGAUUUCUAUUCUUCUGUGAGCCAAAAGUGGUUGAAGCAAGCAAAGAAGCUGAAGAACAUCACAAUCCUCUCAGUUGGUGGUGGUUACCGUGACUACCAAGUGCGCUCUGGUCUCACAUCUUUACCUUCCUCCCCUCCAGAAGACCCAAAUAAGUUGUCUGUGGUGGUGACUGCAGUUCCAAGGACUUGGGUGUCCACAGACCACCUGUCCAUAGUGUGGUGCAAAGAGCUUGUUCUUGCUACAGUCCGAGCUUUCUUUGACCUCAUCGAUCCGGAAAGCAGACAAUUGACAGAAGACCCAGAGAAGAGAAUGUCUGUACUGAACCAACAUUUCCUUCCACACUCAAUACCAAUGUUGGGAGACACAGAAGAAAUCUCCAUCACUGUUGCAGAUGCUGCACAAGUGUGGAGUGAAGUUAACACUCUGCGUCUGACUUACAGCACAACAAAGGAAAUCGAGGUCAGACACUUCUUAUUUGCCCUUUCAAGUCGCAGGAAAACCUACAGUCAUUUCUACUGUCGCAGCAGUAAUUUGGACAAGAGUAGUUGGGUGUAUGGUUGCACGCACAGGAAUGCUUCUUCAUGUGUGCAUGCAGUGGAUUUGUCAAAGGGGACUGAGCUUUUGCCACCAUAUAAGGUGCUCACACUGAGUAUCAGUGACUUGUCUUCAUUCACUCAUUUGGUGGUUUCAGCCUCCAACCUAAAUGGCAAAAGGUUCAUGGUGGAGUGUGAAUGGCAAAGACAGAAAUCUGUGAGUCUGUCAGUUCCUGUUCCACAUGUGCUCUCCUUUGGUUGGACUGUCAGUGAUAUCACCAUCAACCUCACUGGGCUUCUUCACACCAUUGAGCUGCAACACUUUAGUCAGGUCUAUCAGGCUUUCAGGAUUAGUGUUGUAAGUCAAUGUAAGGCCCAAAAAGAUAGACUGCCCAGCGUCUACAGAAUAAAAGUGCCAUGGUUUUUGGAAGACUCUUUAACAACAGCCAGUGUGCCAUCAGUGACAGAGAUCUCUGGGACGCUCCACACAUGUAGUCCAGACAAUGUAUCAAGUGUCCACCUUCAGCUCCACACUGCCCCCAACUGCCAAUAUAAGGUGUCAGUCAGGACGUCUUUACCCAUGGUGUUGGGACAGGUUUUGAGGUUCUUUGGCCCCAUGGUGCCAACGUAUACCAGUGUAACACUUCUCCUGGCCUGUGGGGUUCAGCUCUGCUCCCUCCUGACAUCACGUCAACCUGCAGCCACACACCUGUUGCUGGGUCAAAGCUUCCAACCCCAUAAAGUCAACAUGCCUGUUUACUUCAUCCAUGUCAUAUUAAGUUGUAAAUGGGCAAAAGAUGUGUGGUCACUGCUUGGCCUUCCCCCAAUGGAUGUGGCCCCACCCACCUUCCCUAAUGAGACCGUUAAUGAGGGCAUGACCGCAGGCCUAGAAUGGCCACACCUCCUCCACCCUCUGCUCUACAUCUUUGGGGCAGCUGUUGCAUUUUGGGGCAGCACACUGCUGACAGUCAUCACCCGCCUGAUGUCGCUUAUAUUAGCUGUGCUGCACAGACCCUCCAUCUCAAGUGAGUGUGGUACACUACAACUGCGGACUCAGCUUCUUGUCACUCUGCUUCUGACUGUUGUGGGCGCAACAUGCUGUGGAGCAUUGUCAAUCUUUGCUGCCUUUCUGCUGCACCUGUACAGAGUACUAAGACUACAGAUGACUGAAAGGUACUUGAGUCACAUUCUGAAUCUGGUACCUCAAAAGCACAAAGGAAAUGCACAUUCCAGUAAGGCCAAAGAAUGUAACGGCACAUCCGCCCUGCUGUCAGAGUUGGCUUUACAAGAGGCCAGAGAUGACCUGCAGCUUCACCUCACCUUGUGUGCACUCUUCACUGUACCUGUAAUGCUCAGUACACCCUCACUUUUACACUGGAUACGCAACUUGAGGUACUCCUCCCAGCUUGAACCUGACCCCUGCUGGCCUUACUUUGUACCUGUCAUUUUUGCAUACAUGCUGCUUAUUAGCGCCAAUGCUUCCAAGCUCAGCAAUAGUAAACUGCUGAAUCUGACUUCCUUCCUCCCAUUACCUGUGUCUAUCGCCAUGGUGACCUUCUCACCGCUUCACCUGUACAGAGUGACCUAUUUCCUAUUGGUAGUCCUUAUUCCACUGGCGUUGUGUUGUGUUUUCUAACGGUAUUUAGCGGCUGUUGUGAUUGGAGCAGAGCUGCAGAUGCACAUUUGCUUGGUCAAUGUUUGCAUGAAGACCUUUUACAACCAACACAGUGGAGGUGAUGGCCGAUCAGGUAGACUAUUUAACCAAGCUUGCCUUAUCUUGUACAUCUAAAGCUCUGCUCUAUAGCUAUCCUGUACUUAUUUAUAGCUAUCCUGAAUAUCAAUAGCUCUGCUCGAAAGCCAGUCUGCCUUCAACAACAAGCCACUACACACCUUGUUAAGAUAAUGUUGGUUGGUUGCACAGUCAUCACUGCCACAGUCACUGAUGCUUCUUGCAUCAAUGGCAACCUGGGCGAGGCUCCCUUCCAGCGCUCAUCACUCCAGAUCACCUCCCCACAACACAGGGAUAGAUCAUAUAUUAACAUAUGGGACAAAGUGAAGGUUCUGUAUAUGGAGUAGAUUUAAUUGUGUGGAUGCAUGAAGAGCACAGCUUAAUGCAUUUAUUUAACUCUAAAACCAGUUUAUUCUCAAGAAAAAUCGCACCCUUUUCAGAACCACUACUGAUGAAGACACAAAAACCCUGGCUUCAUCAAUGGCGCUCUGUGCGUGAUACCUGAUGAACAUAUGCCAGAGAUCACCCCUUUCCUCACAGAUUAUGUGAUUUGCAAAUAGCGAUGGCUCAAAUUGUAAUUCAAAUGUUUUCUCACUUCCUUGUCUACAUUUACAGACAUGUCCACUUGUGAUGUCUAAUUGUCUCUCUUCAUACCUGUCUCCCAUGCCACUUUCCGUAAGGGGCGCCACAAAUAUCAUGUCCAGUAAGCGUGGGCGAUAGUACUGAUUUAAAUAGAGGGUCAGGAUUGCAGAUACCAAUACUCUUUACUUCAAGAUCAUUAGAAGAUUUUGUGAUUUUGCCUUUAAAUAAGAAUAAAACAUUUGACAAAAAAUAUAUAUUUAUCAACAAACAAUAUAUAAACAAAAUACAACAAUUUACAUUAUCAACAAUAUAAUAACAUUCCACUUAUUAAAUACAAAAGUUUGAAUUAAUUAAAGUCUGAAGUAAAAACUACUAUUGGUUGUAGAUGAUGAUAAACCAAAUGUGUACAACACAACAACAAAGAUAUUUGUAAAAAUUACAAAAAGAAAAACUAAAAAUAUAAACUUUUCCAUGAUGUCGCUUCAAACACUGCCUCAAAUUACAGGGCACAUGGCAAUAGCUUCACUGAUAAACCUCCAUCUUUUUUUCUUUAGCGCUACCUUCAUAAAUAAUUUCCACUACACCAAAGCAGAUUUUUAGUGGGAGUUUGUUGCCUGUGGCAGUCGUGUGCCCUCGUGGAGACUGGCACAUUCCUCCUGUAUGGACACUUGUGUUUUAUUUGCUGGAAUAAGUUUGUAACACCCACACUCAGCAGCACACUUUGAUAUUACACUACUGAGUGAAAUCACAGUGGCAAGUAUUGGCUGCACAGUAUUUGGAGAGUCAGUCAGGUUGACCAGUUUUGUCCAGAGCUGUCAGUCUUGGGUUGGGCUUGCCUCCAGGUCUUUUCCAACCUGUGGCGGGACAUUAACAGGAUUGUGUUGUUUGGUCUGGACUCUGCUGGCGGAAAUGAAAUACCAUCUUAUGCGUGUCUGUGCUGUGAGAAAGGAUAAAGCGUGCAGACGUGUAGGCUCUCAUAACUGGUUCAGACCACCUGAUGUUCUCAUUGGUCCCGAGGGGAUCUUAUUUUUUUGUUGUUCAAAGGAUAUCUUUCCGAACCAUAGAGAAGGAUCUCACACACGGUGAGAGAUUAUAUUGUGUUGCCGAAGUGGUUUCCAGAUCGAUUGUAAAGUUAAUGAUCUGUGGAUGAUCUCCGAUUUCACGUCUAAAUCUUGGCUCACAGUUGAGGCCAGAUACACAAAGAUUUGGAAGUCACAACAGGCUGAACAACUUUUUCACCUAUCACAUGGAUCCUUCACUUUAUCUUAGACCAACUUAACUGAAGGCCAAGCUUCUCUGUCUCUUCCACGUUGAACACAAUGAUAUGGUCAGCAUACUCCAUGUGGAGCGGGUGGUAGACACACUCUUGGGAUCUUUGACCAGGUGGUCUGUGACACAAUUAAAGAGGUUUGGGGGGAGCCCAGAGUCUUGUUGCAUGCCACUGAAUAUGGUGAACCACUCAGAAUCUUUGCUGUGUCUAUGUAGAGACAGUUUUUUUGGGAAUGGAAGAGUUUUUAAAGUUUAAAAGGUACCCUGAGAUCUAUGAAUCUGUUGUAAAGAUGGUGGUCCUAAACUCAUGGGAUUAUUAUUAUAUUGUAUAUAUUAUGAAUGUAUUAUAUUUACUUACUGUAUAGAAGGUUUUUUUGACUGCUGAUGUAUGCAUAAUUGCAAAAUUUCUGUUUUUUGGAUUUGAGUGCAUACUGCAUAGAUAUACAGUAUAUUUAGAAAACAAGACGUGAGAACUGUAGCUGCCUGAUGAAAUACAUGCAAGUCUGUACUUGGUAAGCAGGCAUCCUUGUUUGAAUUUAUGUGCCUUCUAAACCCCCAGAAUGUUCACACACUUUUUUCCAAGUUGCCAUAAAUGUGCGGCUGAAAGAUGUGUGUCAUUUAUCUACUCAUUCAUUUUUAUGGCUGAAGUCUUGUUGUACUGUGUGGAUAUCAUUGUCUCUCCUGACUUAUUAGACAAUUUAUUUUUCUUAGCUGAUUAGUCUGUGCCAUGGGUCUGUAACCCGCAGCUCUGGAGCCGCAUUUUAUCCCACUGUUGUGACUCCAGCUAGAUUAUGCUCUUGUGUAAUGUAGCCACUACGCUGUCCCUUGAGGCACCGUCAUGAGUCUUUCAAAGGUCUGCAUCAGCAAUUCAAUUCUCUGGGCAGUGUUUUCUGGUGAGAAACCAUGACACUUAACAUGAUUGAUCUUGUUAGUUUCCUUUUUUGCUAAUAAACAACGGUAACUAGAGAGGGAUUGAGAGUUAUUGGAACUGGUGUUAUUUACAUACUUUAAUUGCUAACAAAGAAAACAUUUUUGCAAAGGUGGGCAAUAAGCUUCAUGAUUGAACCGCAUCAACACAGGACGACUAAAAGCCAACCAAUUACAGUCUUUGCCGCGUCACUGUUACGUAAGGUUAGACUUUAUUUUAGGCGAUCAUCACGCUACACAAUCACAUUUGGAGGGGCACAGCUCGCCUUGACACAGCAGUUAUAUCUAAAGAAUAGAGCAAUAGUACAGAAACAUGAAAAUACCAAGUAAAUGAGAAACAUACAGCAAAUUAGAUGUUUGACAACUAGUGUUAGGCAUAUUGCUGUUGCAUAAUAUUGGCAUUCCACACCCAACUUAAACUACAACCCUGUUUCCAUAUGAGUUGAGAAACUGUGUUAGAUGUAAAUAUAAACGGAAUACAAUGAUUUGCAAAUCCUUUUCAACCCAUAUUCAAUUGAAUGCACUACAAAGACAAGAUAUUUGUUGUUCAAACUCAUAAACUUUAUUUUUUUUUGCAAAUAAUAUUGAACUUAGAAUUUCAUGGCUGCAACACGUGCCAAAGUAGUUGGGAAAGGGCAUGUUCACCACUGUGUUACAUUACCUUUUUCUUUUAACAACACUCAAUAAACGUUUGGGAACUGACAAAACUAAUUGUUGAAGCUUUGAAAGUGGAAUUCUUUCCCAUUCUUGUUUUAUGUAGAGCUUCAGUCAUUCAACAGGCCAGGGUCUCCGCUGUCGUAUUUUACGCUUCAUAUUGCGCCACACAGAUGGGAGACAGGUUAGGACUGCAGGCGGGCCAGAAAAGUACCAGCACUCUUUUUUUACGAAGCCACGCUGUUGUAACAUGUGCUGAAUAAUAACUCUCAAACCUGUAUGUACCUUUCAGCAUUAAUGGUGCCUUCACAUAUGUCUAAGUUACCCAUUCCUUGGGCACUAAUGCACCCCCAUACCAUCACAGAUGCUGGCUUUUAAACUUUGCGUCAAUAACAGUCUGGAUGGUUCGCUUCCCCUUUGAUGACACAAUGACGAAUAUUUCCAAAAACAAUUUGAAAUGUGGACUCGUCAGACCACAGAACACUUUUCCACGUUGCAUCAGUCCAUCUUAGAUGAUCUCGGGCCCAGAGAAGCCAGUGGUGUUUCUGGAUGUUGUUGAUAAAUGGCUUUUGCUUUGCAUAGUAGAGCUUCAACUUGCACUUGACAAACUGUAUUUAGUGACAGGGGUUUUCUGAAGUGUUCCUGAGCCCAUGUGGAUCACCACAGAUCGGUUUUUGAUACAGUGCCGUCUGAGGGAUCAAAGGUCACGGUCAUUCAAUGUUGGUUUCCGGCCAUGCCGCUUACGUGGAGUGAUUUCUCCAGAUUCUCUGAACCUUUUGAUGAUAUCAUGGACCGUAGAUGUUGAAAUCCCUACAUUUCUUGCAAUUACACUUUGAGAAACGUUGUUCUUAAACUGUUUGACUAUUUGCUCACGCAGUUGUGAAAGACUGAGCAUUUUUUGGGAAGCUGUUUUUAUCCCCAAGCAUGGCCUCCACCUGUUCCCAAUUAGCCUGCACACCUGUGGGAUGUUACAAAUUAAGUGUUUGAUGAGCAUUCCUCAACAUUAUCAGGAUUUAUUGCCAACUUUCCCAACUUCUUUGUUUUGAUUGAUUGACUGAUACUUUUAUUAGUAGAUUGCACAGUUCAGUACAUAUUCCGUACAAUUGACCACUAAAUGGUAACACCCGAAUAAGUUUUUCAACUUGUUUAAGUUGGGGUCCACGUUAAUCAAUUCAUGUCACGUGUUGCUGGCAUCAAAUUCUAAUGUUAAUGAUUAUUUGCAAAAAAAAUGUUCAUCAGUUUGUACAUUAAAUAUGUUGUCUUUGUAGCAUAUUUAACUGAAUAUGGUUUCAAAAUGAUUUUCAAAUCAUUGUAUUCCGUUUAUAUUUACAUCUAACAUUUUUUACCAACUCAUAUGGAAACAGGGUUUGUACUAUGGGGGAAUAAUCAUCAACUACUCAAAGUGUUAAUCAUGUAAUGCACCAAUAUUCAGUUCAUGGACAAGGAGAGAUACAGCCACCUAAGCACAUUCAGUCACUGUAUUUACCAUAACUUAUUAUUCAGAAUAAUUUGCCUAGAACUGGUGAUAACAUCAUAAAACAAAAAUGCUGCAAAGUUGGAUCUUGACUAAUUGUCAGGUGGUGACAGGUGUUGGUCGUUACCUACAGGGAAACCAUUAACCUUAUUAGCAUUAACUUCAUUAUAGUGAUCAAAUAGGUCUUGUGGCUCCAAGUGGGUUUUGACUUAGUAGAAACUGGCCCAAAUGGCUCUUUAGGUCCAAAAAGUUGCUGACCCCUGUUCUAUGCUGUAUCGCAGUUCUAUUUAGACUUAUUUUUAAUAGUACACAGCAUUUAUUUUCAUUCCACUAAUUUACAUACAAGAUAGCUUACCAUCACAGGUACUGUUGGAUAGCUUACGACUCAAUUUGUGUAUACAAUAGAGCAAAGAGUGGCAUUUUAAUCAGUGAUAUCAUGCUGUGAGUGUGAUAUUAUGUGGUUGUGCAACAUUUUGGUGCAGCUGGUUGAAGAAGGCAUCCUUAAUGUCUUCAUCAAUAAGCAACAAUAACAUUAGUGCAUGAGUGCUAACACAGGUUUCUACACCAUAAGGCCCAGCUGUGUCCCAGACCCAUUCCAGAUGUAGAAGUGGUCGCCUGCUGUUGUUUCACCACCAUUGCUCUGCCAUCGUGAUUCGCAAUCCCGCCAGGGUGACUAUAUAGCGGUAGCUCUCAGGACAGCAGGGUGGCUGCUCCAGGCAGAAGAUCUGUCCAUUCCACGUCGCAACACAUGUUCUCUGACGAAGGUUGAGCCUUACUUGUUGGUUGAGGGCAUGCUUGGGUCCAGUUCCAGGUUGUUCAGUCCCAUUUUUCUGAUUGGUUUUGUAACAACAUUUCUCCUGGGGUGGUUGUUAGCCCUCCCGUGAUACUUACAAAUGGUGGGGCUACCAUCAAAAGACAUUCCCACGUUCCACAGUUUGUCCAUCUGGAACCUCCCUGAUAGACCAGUCUGUCAAUUGUGAUCCUGCAAGUGGCUCUAGCUAUAGAUGGAAACACUCUCUGCAUCAUCAAAACGCACUACUCGCUUGCCAUGACAAGGCCAGAUCCAUGUUGUACUGUACAUACAAUACACUUGUGUACACUUACAAGUGUUUUUAAUGAAGAGUAUGACAUAAUUGUACAUAUCCAAAAUAUACAAUUAAAACUAGCAGUAUAACACAACUCAAAUAUGGUGUGUGUGUACUUGCUAAAAGCCACAAAAUUUAAAAAAAAAAAAGAUUUUCAAUGCAUUACAAAUUAUCUUUAUAAUUAGGGUGUAGUGAAUCUGACACCUUAUCUCACUGACGACGUUUACCGUUCAGCCACAAUGUGACUUUUUAUUUUAUAAUGAAGAGUAACAUGAUCCAAUAAGUGUAGUUGUAAUGAACAAUGUAACACUGGUGAAAUAAUAAAAUUGUGGGAUUUGUAAAACGUAGCAUCCAUCUUGUUUUGUGUAUAUGACAAAGCAAGCUGCCAUUCAAAUUAUAAAAAACAUUUUGCUGUGAAGGAUGAUGCUCAGGAUUACAUUACUGUGCUUUUUAUAUCAGGGUUUAUGUAACAGUGUCAAUGUGCCACUUUUUCACACAAUAAACACUGGACAACAA